AGGCUCCUUGUACAGGGAGGGCGGAUUCAGCAAGACCAGCAGUGCCAGUCCUAGGAACCCCUGUCUCAAAUAAUCCAGGCAUAAAUAAGCAUUUGAAAAGGGAUGAUUCUUCAGCUGUAAUUACAGGUAGAUGUCAUCUGAGGACUUACUAGCUUCAGGAAGCAUGCGGUCCCUUGCACUGUGGAGCUCAACUAGAACUUUAUGCUGAACCCCACACAGGAGGACAGCCUGGCCAUGGCACUGCCAGCCCUCAGCAGCUCCAGAUCCUCCCCGAAGAGGGUCCCUGCCUGGGUAGCCAGGCACUGCACUCCCGCACCCCAGGACAUUGCCAGGAGCCACACAUCAUCACUGCCAUUGGGGACAGUCUUGGGCCACUGGACAUGUCUGCCAUGCCUACUAGGGUGGCAGCCUUCCAGCCUGCAAGGAGCUGCUUGGAGUGAUUGGAGAUCUGCACCAGAGCCAACAUUUAGAAGCCUCCAGAACAGGAAUAACCAGGAUGAUCCCAUCAACUGCAGCCACUCCUCCUUCUGAGGCUGUCUUUCACAACCUAUCUUCGCAGGAUUUCUGGAGGUCACAAAUCUCAGGCUAUUCUGGAUCAGUAACACGCCAUAUCAGUCAUCGUGCCAACAACUUUAAAAGACACCCAAAAAGAAGGAAACACAUCCGCCCUUCUCCUCCACCUCCCCCAAACACCCCAUGUCCUAUUGAGCUGAUUGACUUUGGGGAUCUUCACCCUCAGAGGUCUGUUCUAGAGCUCUUAUUUAAUGGAUGUAUCCUGUUUGGGAUUGAGUUCAGCUAUGCCAUGGAGACAGCCUAUGUGACUCCUGUGCUGCUUCAGAUGGGGCUGCCAGAUCAGUUAUAUGGAAUGGUGUGGUUUAUCAGUCCAAUAUUAGGAUUCCUACUGCAGCCUUUGCUGGGGGCCUGGAGUGACAGGUGCACCUCCAGAUUUGGAAGGAGAAGACCCUUCAUUCUAGUCCUGGCAAUAGGAGCAUUAUUGGGACUCUCACUUAUGCUGAAUGGCAGGGAUAUUGGCAUUACCUUGGCUGACACUGUAAAUAACCAUAAAUGGGGGAUAAUUCUCACAGUCUGUGGAGUUGUCUUAAUGGACUUCAGUGCAGAUUCAGCAGACAAUCCUAGUCAUGCCUACAUGAUGGAUGUGUGUAGCCCAGUGGAUCAGGACAGGGGCCUUAACAUCCAUGCUUUAUUAGCAGGUGGGAUGGCAACAUCAUUUAGAGGGAGAAAAGUGAGCCUACUGCAAUCAGGAGAACAUUUUUACUCCUUAGGUCUUGGAGGUGGUUUUGGUUAUGUUGUUGGAGGAAUAAAUUGGGAAAAAAACAGUUUUGGAAGAGCCGUAGGAGGGCAACUUCGUGUCAUUUAUGUCUUCACAUCAAUAAUACUGACCAUCACUACUGUCUUGACUCUAAUUAGCAUUCCAGAAAGGCCCCUGCAGUCUUCUACCAAGAAAAAAAAGGUGAUGAAGAGUCCAAGUCUUCCUCUUCCUCCUUCCCCACCUCUCUUAUUUGAGGAAGGUAUAAAUGAAAACCUCAGUUCUCAUAGCUCGUCUCAUUUGUAUGCAAGUUUUACAACUCCAAUUUCUCCUCCCAGCCCACUCACACCCAAAUAUGGCAGUUUUAUCAGCAGAGACAACUCCUUGACAGGAAUUAAUGAGUUUGCAUCAUCAUUUGGGACCUCAAAUAUUGACAGUGUGCUCAUAGACUGCUUUACAGGAGGACAUGAUGGUUAUUUAGCAAUCCCAGCAAGCUUGCCCAGGCAGACAAUCAGUGUGAGCUUUCCAAGAGUAAGGGAUGGCUUUUACUGUCAAGAAAAUGGAAUUCUGGAACAAGGGGAGAAUUCUGUAACUCCUGGGCCAGAUGGAGAUGCACUAAGGGUGGGUUCACUGGAUGCAAUAAAGCCACAAUCAUCAGGGAUCCUGAAAAGGCCCCAGACCUUGGCCAUUUCAGAUACUGUAAUAGGAAAUUGUCCAGAGAGCAGCAGAAGGAAUGUAACCUUCAGCCAACAGGUUGCUAAUAUUUUACUGAAUGGUGUGAAAUAUGAGAGUGAGCUGAAUGGAUCAGGUGAGAUGUCUGAUCAACCACUUUCCAUGAAACAUCUUUGUUCAACCAUCUGCCACAUGCCUACGGCUCUGCGUAACCUCUGCAUCAACCACUUUCUAGGUUGGCUGUCAUUUGAGGGGAUGCUACUGUUCUAUACAGACUUUAUGGGAGAAGUAGUAUUCCAAGGAAAUCCCAAAGCACCUCACAACUCAGAUGAGUACCAAAAAUACAAUGCUGGGGUCACCAUGGGCUGCUGGGGAAUGUGUAUCUAUGCAUUCAGUGCUGCAUUCUAUUCAGCCAUACUAGAAAAGCUGGAGGAAUACUUCAGUAUUCGCACUCUCUAUUUCAUAGCAUAUCUUGCCUUUGGACUUGGCACAGGCUUGGCUACACUCUCCAGAAAUAUUUAUGUGGUUUUAUCACUAUGUGUAACUUACGGUAUUUUAUUUUCAACACUCUGCACACUCCCUUAUUCUCUAUUAUGUGAUUAUUACCAGAAUAAAAAGUUUGCUGGCCCGAGUGUGGAGAGCCCACGGCGCGGCAUGGGCGUGGACAUCUCACUGCUGAGCUGCCAGUACUUCCUGGCACAGAUCCUGGUAUCCGUGGCCAUGGGCCCCCUCACUGCGCUAGUAGGCAGUGCCAACGGCGUCAUGUACUUUGCUAGCCUUGUGGCCUUUGCUGGUUGCCUCUUUUCCUCUCUCUACGUUACCUAUGAGAUCCCAUCCACUGAGGAGCUGCCAGAGGAACAGCAGCCACUUGUGCGAACAGUGUGACGUGUGGGCACAGGCUGCACUGGAGCCAAUAAAAGCAAAUGAGGCCAG